AUGAAUUUGUGGGACGACAACGGAACUAGGCACCCAAUUACAGUCCUUUGCGUUGAUAGAUGCCAUGUGCUCCGGAUCCGGGAACCAAAUACCAACGAUCGCAAACAGCGGUGGGGGGUGCAAGUGGGCGCGGGGCCAAAGCGGCCGUACAAGACAAACAAAGCCCAUAGGUACCACUGUGCGAAAGCAGGCGUUGAACCAAAACAGAAGCUUUGCGAGUUCAUGGUGAACAAGAUGUUUACGAUUCCUAUCGGAACAGAGCUACGAGCGAAUCAUUUUGAGGUCGGGCAAUACAUAGAUGUUACUGGAACUUCUAUCGGGAAGGGAACACAAGGUGUGAUGAAGAGGUGGGGAUUUGCGGGAGGGCCAGCAAGUCACGGAUGCAGCAAAGCGCAUAGAAAGGGUGGUUCGAUCGGUAUGUCUACGAAGCCGGGACGGGUGUUCAAGGGCAAGAAGAUGGCGGGUCACAUGGGCAAUGAAAGGAAGACUGUUCAGAGCUUGAUGGUGUAUCGCAUUGAUAACGUCCGGAAUCUCAUAUAUUUGCGAGGUGCAGUUCCCGGCAAUUCCGGUAACUGGGUGCGAGUUAGGGAUGCAGUACGAAAACUGAAGAUUGGGAUGGAAGCACCCCCGGCAUUGAGAUUCUCUACAGAAGGUGUCGUAGAAUGGAAAAAAGAAGGUGUCGUGGCAGCGCUUUCGUGACUUUUACCGAGGUUCUGUUGGUUCUAACCAUGUUGGACAGAGAAGCACCGAAAAAGCACAAGUUGAAGCCUGAGCAUAAGCGUUUGCAAUAAAUCCCAGCGAUGUGUGGUUGCCAUUUGCUUCCAUUGAA